AACGGCAGCACACCAGCAGUACAAUCUCCUCUUCUAUCCUUUGGAGCAUCAGAUUGUAUUAAGGAAAUGGAGCGAGGAAAAGGGCAAGGAUUGAUGGUGAUGCCACAACAAAACCCACUUGAACAGUUGCAAGCGAAGUUCAAGGAGGUGGAGAACAAUUUCAGGGGAUGGCUAGCCAAGCAGUCGUUGCCCGUGGAGACCGCCGUGGUAACGACCACCAGCGCUGCUCAGGGUGCUGCUAUCGGUGCUUUCAUGGGUACCCUCACCAACGAUGUCUCCUCCUCUCUUCCAACUGCUCCUCAGGCUUCCCUCGACCCCCAGGCCAUGGCUUCUCUCAAGCAAGCUCAGGCUCUAUCAGGAGGUCCCUUGAUACAAGCUCGAAAUUUUGCCGUGAUGACUGGUGUCAACGCAGGCAUAUCUUGUGUUAUGAAAAGACUGAGAGGGAAGGAAGAUGUACAAUCUAGCAUGGUGGCAGCUUUUGGUUCUGGGGCCAUAUUUUCCUUGGUAAGUGGUAUGGGUGGCCCAAAUCAGAUUGCAAAUGCUGCUACAUCUGGUCUUUUUUUCGCUCUUGUUCAAGGCGGUCUUUUCCAGUUGGGGCAAAAGUUUUCGCAACCUCCUGCUGAGGAUGUGAACUAUUCCAGAACAAGAUCCUUGUUAAGUAGUCUCGGCCUGCAGAACUACGAGAAGAAUUUCAAGAAAGGCUUGUUAACAGAUAGCACAUUGCCUUUGCUCACGGAUAGUGCACUUAGAGAUGUGAAAAUACCACCCGGACCCAGGCUCCUUAUUCUUGAUCAUAUUCAGAGGGACCCGGAGUUGAAAGAGAAGCAAGGGCGACGACGGUGAGCUUAUAUCGUCAAGCUGUUUCGCCAUGGCGGGGCAUUUUACAAUUUAUCUGAAACCAAAGAAGGGUAGUUCGUAUCUUCUCCAAUGAAACGAAUUAUCCUUUUUAUUUCUUGCUGUUCUGAGCAUCCAAUUUGGAUAAACAUGGUUGUUUAGAAUUCUUUAAACAAGUUUUCUAUAGCUUUAAUUUAUUAAGUAGUUUCAAUUGUUGUUAUAAAGAUGACAUAGGCAUGAGCUUGAGAUAUGA